GUUUCUUCGCGGCCAAGGCGGGUAGUUCGAACGUUGUGCCUCAGGAACGUCUGGAGUUGGCGCGAGCCCCAGCACCGGCGGCGGCGGCGGCGGCGCGGCGCGGCGAAUGUCGAGACCAAGGCCAGAUAUGUCCGAGAGGCAAACGCGGUCCAGCGGGGCCGCCAAAGUCUCCGGGCCAACGGCAGCGUCUCCUACUAAGUCUCUGCGGAGAUCCCAGCGGAAAUCCGGCUCUGAUCCCCCCAACCUCCUCCCUGAAAUCCGUCCGAAGGCUCCCGACGCGACCUCGGUCAAAAAGCCCAUCGUUCUGAAGAAGAUCGUGGCCCAUGUGGUGGAGGUGCCGUCCGUCCACUCGCCUCGAAGGAGCCCCAGGCUUGCAUUUUUCUUGGAGAAAGAAAACAACCCUCCUAGCAAGGAGCUUACUAGGGAGGACCUCUUCAAGACAUGUAGUGUCCCCGUCACCCCCAACACCACUCCUGUGCUGUGCGACCCGGAUGUUGAGUCCGACUCCAGGGAAGGAGACCUGGACACCAGAGACUUGGAAAUGUCAAAGAAAGUCAGGAGAUCCUAUAGCCGGCUGGAGACGCUUCGCUGUGCCUCCACCUCCACCCCAGGCCGCCCAUCCUGCUUUGGCUUCGAGGGGUUGCUGGGGACAGAAGACCUGGCCGGAGUCUCACCCUUGGUGUGUGCAAAAUCAACGGAAGUCACCACGGCCCCUGUGAAUCCUUGGGCCCCAGACACGACUCUCCCUGGAAUCUCCCCACCAGUGAAAGAGAAAAGGAAGAAAAAGAAGGUGCCGGAGAUCUUGAAAUCGGAGCUGGAUGAGUGGGCUGCGGCCAUGAAUGCUGAGUUUGAAGCUGCUGAGCAGUUUGAUCUCCUGGUUGAAUGAGAUGAAACUGGGGUGCACCUAGCCAGGCUUUCUCCUCUUCUUCCUGUACAUAGCCCCUUCUUCCUGUGGAAAAGACACUUGGGGUCCCCUUCGCUGGCCUUGUCGCAUGUGCGUGUUCUGUUGCUGCAUACCAGGUCUGUCUUCUGAGUGUGUGUGCAGCGGUGGCCGCUGUUGCAGUCGUUGCAGCUGUAGGAAAUAGAGCUCGCCCGGCCGGGUGUCCUGGCUCUAGUCAGUGACCCACCACUGGCUCCUCCCUACCUCCCACAGUGCCCUGGCCAGUUUCCAGCUGGGCCACAGACUGGGGAGGAGGACUCACAGCCCAGCCAGAGUGGCGCACAGAGCUGGGGACUGGGCAAGGGCUUCUGCUCUCAUGGGGGAAUGUGGCUGCUCUGUGCCAGCCCCAGCAGGCGAGGGCGCAAAGGGCCGCAGCAGCCUCAGGCUUUCUCUCCUGAGUUGCCUCCUACUGGCGGCUUGGUUCUGUCUAUAAAAAGGCUUGAGUUUUCUCUUAGAUUCUGUAGAUGGUCCAGGGGAGAAGUUGUGGACUGGGGACAGUUCUGUCUGUGAGGAAGGUGGACACUCAGCCAGCAGAGGCUGGUCUUGAAGGAGAGUGGGGAACCUUGGUUGGUCCCAGGCCAUGGGUGUUUACUCCUCAGAAGCUGUAUUUUAUAGUUCUGUGUUCUGCUGUUAUGUUUGGUUAAACGCCAGGCUGAUGGAGGGCUGACUACCUGGGGCAAAGGGUACAUUUCGGGGUGUGACACCAGGUGCCGCAGGCUCCGGCCUCCACAGAACCUUGGGUGGCCCUCUUGUCACACAUACCUGUUUCUCACACACUAAAGAGCACGGUGUCUCCUCAGCUCUAGCACAAAAACCUGUAGGUCGAGCAGUCCUAGUCCCACUAGCAUUUUGCAGCCACACCUGGGAAGGCGUAGGAAGCUUUUCUCACGCCCCAGAGGGGCAGGGAUGGUAGCAGUUUAACGUCUAGCGUCCUUAGUGUUCUCUCACAUGAGGGCAGCGCCCGAGGCACGUGCUGGGAGUUGA